AUGAGUUACUACUACGGCAACUACUACGGAGGCCUGGGCGACGGCUGUGGAGGCUUCAGUGGCCUGGGCUGUGGCAGUGGCUGGGGAUGCGGCAGCUUCCCCACACUGGGCUGGGGCUGGGGCUGGGGAGCCCGAAGAUAUGACUGCUGCCGCCCACUGUGCUAUGGAGGAUAUGGAUUCUCUACCUUCUACUAA